AUGUCUCUUUCGGGACCCAGCAACGACAAACCAACCGACCCCUACAAGGAAAAGAAUCUCGACACAGAAACAUCGGUCGAGGGGAAAGUAAAUGGUCUCAUUGAAUUUAUAACCAAAUGCAAACUCGGUAUGAUGACUACUAGAGACGCUGCCAGCGGAAUGCUAGUGAGCAGAUGCAUGGCCAUAGUUGGUACCGAGAACGGCAUCGACCUUGUUUUCCAUACGAACACAGCAACGGGGAAAUCAGACGAGCUGAACAAUGACCCACACGUUAACAUCUCAUUUCUGAGGGACUCUGAUUGGGCAUCAAUUAGCGGUAUUGCCCAAGUUAUUCAGGACACCGAGGAGGUUAAAAAACACUAUUCCUCGACUUUGAAAGCUUGGGUUGGGGAUUUGGGCGACGGCGUCCACGAUGGUUCGGUCAAAGAUCCUAGACUGGGCGUUAUCAAAGUCAGGGCACUAACGGCAACAUACGCCAUUGCCCAUGCUGCUAGUAUUACUCGCACACUCGAAGUUGCGAAGGGUGCAGUAACCGGAAACGUUGCGAGUGUCAAUACGCUCCGUGAGAUCACUCUAAAGGACAUCGAACUAUGGAGGAGAAGCAAAGAGCUUGUCACAUAA